CAAUACUGCCAACAUGAAGGCGUUCGAGUAGGAUUUGGCUGAUCUGCAACUUAUUGAAGUGUGAUUGUUUUGUGUAACUGUAUUGGAAGUAUUUUCGUUGCAUAAAUUGUUCUGUUCGGUGACAGUAUUGCAGUUUAAUAGCCACACAUUCUCGUUGAAAUGCCACUGGACAAUCUCAGUCAUUUUGACGAGAGGAGUGGAGUCGUGUCGUGCCGCACUGACUGGGGCUGCUGGUGGCAGACCGUACAUGAAGUGCACAUUGAAGUCAACCUGUCUAAAAAUACGAAGGCAAAGGAUGUGUCUGUGAAAGUCCGUGCCACUGAAAUUAACUGCACUGUCUGCAAAGAGGUUGUUUUCAAGGGUCAGUUAUACAGUACAGUGCAUCCUGAUGAAACAGUUUGGACGCUAGAAGACAAUACGCUGCUGAGCAUUGUGCUGGCCAAAGCGGAUGUUGCCUUAACGGAUGAAAUAUGGGUGUCCUUGCUUCAAGGGGAUAUGUACAGACCAGAUCCAUUCACACUACACGAGAUGAGAACGAAGCUGGACCUCGAGAGGUUUCAGAUCGAAAAUCCUGGAUUUGACUUCAGUCACGCAAAAUUAUCCAAGAGUUACGAUCGCCUGCCGGGUUGGUCAGUAAAUACGACGAAGAAAAAUAAGGAUGAGGAGGAGACGUGAAGUGUGGCCACUGGAUGCCCCAUUUCACAGGAACUGUCUUUCGUUGUGAUGUAAUUGUCCGUGUACAUUCAGAUAAUUAAAUGAAGUAUUUUUCUCCUA